AUGACGUGGGACAAUAAUUUCGAGCAUGAUAUUCUGCUGAACAUAAAACGAAUAGAAUGUUUAAUGUUGAGAAAUACUUUAUUGAGUGGAAAAUCCUUUUUCCUUUCCUCACAAGGAAUACUAAUGUUGAGUCGUAGUCGUAUCGGGUUGGAUUUCCUUUUAAAAAACAGAAAAAAAAACUUCUCCACGAACGAACGAUUCAACAAAUGUUAA